AUGGUCGCCUGCGUUAACCCCGCCGAGUUUCAUCUGAGCGAAACGCUCAACACCGUCACCUAUGCUCAGCGCGCUCGCGCCAUUCAAAGCAAGCCUGAGAUUCAACAGACGACCGAGGAGGCCGACAAAGCUUCUAUCAUUGCUCGUUUGCAAGCCGAGGUAGCUUUCCUUCGAGAGCAAGUCAACAAGAACAACGAAAAGGGCGAACAACGCAUCCUGGCCGCUGGAGAUCACAAAGAGCGUCGCGAAAGCGAGCUGCAGGACCAGCUUAUGGACAUGCAAGAGAGUUAUAAUGCCCUCAGCGGACGCCAUGCAAAGCUCAUAUCAGAAAUCUCCAAAGCCAAGGAAGACAGUCACGAGGAUACUCCCACCCUCAGAGACGCUGUAGGAGAGUCGGCAAUGGAGAGACUCAAGCGCUCCAACUCAUUUGCCGAAGCUGUCGAACAGGUUGUCAUGGAGUACGAGAAGACGAUCCAAUCACUAGAGGCUUCCUUAUCCAAUACGCGCUCGACGCUUUCCGCGAGCGAAAGUUCACUCAUGGAGCGUGAGGCUAGNGAUAGCCUACAUGGAGUCGCAAGCCCACCAGCUACAAGUAAGACUGCAGAAGGCCAGUGA